AUGCCAGAUUCCAACGCUCAAAAUCCAAGGGGAGAAGGAAGCAGCUCCGCUACCGCCAGUGGUGGACAUAGGACCCACAAGGAACGGAUAGGCAAUUAUGUAGUAGGUAAUGAGAUCGGACGAGGAAGUUUCGCUACCGUCUACAAAGGUUAUAGAUCGAAGAGCAAAGUUUCUAUCGCUAUCAAAGCUGUAUCAAGGCAGAAACUCACCACCAAGCUACUGGAGAACUUGGAGAGUGAAAUCAAUAUCCUGAAAGUCAUACACCAUCGGAAUAUCGUUGCUCUAGAAGAUUGCUUUAAAAACGAUACUCAUAUAUACCUAGUUAUGGAGUACUGUUCUGGAUCAGAUCUUUCGAUAUAUAUCAAGAAUCGUGGUCGACUAGAUACGCUUGAUUUCUUUCCUAGACCUGGAUCUCGUAUGGAUGGUCUCGAUAGAAAGGAAGACGGAAAGAUAUUUUGGCCUCAUCCCUCCACUGGUGGUUUGGACGAGAAAGUCACGAGAUCCUUCCUCGGCCAACUUGCCCAGGCAAUCAAAUUCCUACGUGCUCAAGAUCUGAUGCACCGGGAUAUCAAACCUCAGAAUCUCUUAAUGCAACCUGCUACAGAGGCUGAAGUCGCCGAAGGACAUCCAUACGGUAUACCUGUGCUCAAAGUCGCGGAUUUUGGUUUCGCUAGAAUAUUACCCGCUGCUGCGAUGGCAGAAACUCUCUGUGGCUCACCACUGUAUAUGGCUCCUGAAAUCUUACGGUACGAGAAAUACGAUGCUACUGCCGAUCUUUGGUCAGUUGGCGCAGUGCUAUUCGAGAUGUCUGUCGGACGACCACCUUUCCGAGCGAACAAUCACGUCGAACUUCUCAAACGUAUCGAACGAGGUGAAGAUCGAAUCAAGUUUCCCGAUGAAGCUCCACCAUCAGAUAAGAAAGAUUCAGGUCCGCCCCCAAUACCUGUAUCACCGGAUAUCAAGUCAUUGAUAAGAGCUUUGCUCAAACGUAAACCAGCAGAUCGUAUAGGUUUCGAAGAAUUUUUCUCCUCUACUGUUUGGGAUUCACAUCUUUCCGAAAGCACGGAAGAAGAACCGACAACUAGUCUUGAGGCUUCGACUGAUAGCUCUGCUCAUAUGGAGACUAGUGACACCAGGAUUAAAGAAAUGGUAGCCAGUAUAGAACAGUCGAAGGAAAGACUUGCGCUAGGUAGAAAAGCACCUCAACCACUUGCUGUCGAUGUUGCUCUAAACCCUCAACCCGCUCCUAGACCUACACAGCAAUCAUCUCCACGUGCAGCUCAGCCACCGACUCCAUUACCAUCCCUUCCGGUUCGACAACCUCCUAUACGUCGAUCUGAACCUAAAUACUAUGUCAGUGAUAAUCCACCUGCAUUCGAGGAUCCACCCAUCGUCGCAAAUACCACGACUACCACUCGUGCAAACCCUAGACCAAUUGUCACAGCUGCCCAGAGACGAGUGUCGAAUAGAGAACGGGAGCAAGGUAGCUUGGAAGAGGCCGCACCUCUCACUCCCCCUUAUAGUGGGCCACCCACCACUAUGCCUAGAGCUGCGACUAGAGGUAUAAGCGAGGGAUCACCCUUAGCUGCUACACCGCCCAUCACCAUGCGACACGAUACAAAGGAAGAAAGCGCUCUCGAUAGCAGCGAAUCUGUCGUUGGGGCCGACUAUGUGGUGGUGGAGAAGCAAAACGUGGAGAUCAACGCUUUAGCAGAUGAAAUCGAUCAAGCUUCGAAGAAGCCUACUACCAUCGUUCGUAGGCGAAGUUCCAGAACUAGCGUUGUCACUCGACCUGUUUCAGCGUUCAAACCUAUCAGUCCAAGUCCAAAGCCACAGGAUACAGCCGUGGUACCUAUAUCAUAUUCACCACCAUUCGCUUUAGGCACAACACCGCCUUUCUCGAUCCCACCGGGUGCUCGACAAAGCUCUAGUCCAGGUCUGACUCGACCACCAUCGAUACCGCAGUCCUUGAACAUGUUCCCACCGUCCAAUCAACCUUCCUACGGACAGGAUGCGGCUACUAGAUUUGGUGUAUCACCUUCAUCACUUCAGACCGGUGCUCUUGCUCGAGCAAUAACCAAUACUGCGAUACGGAUGAUCGGUAAUUCUGCUAAUACAGCUGCUACGGCAAUUGCCAGAGCUACAAUCAAACGACGACCUACGAUCUUACGCACGAGUGACAUUGAUCCUGCCGAAGAUGAGCUACUACGUUCAGUGGAGGAUAUAGCAAGGAAGGCAUUCGUUUUGUUCGAACUGGCCGAUGAAAGGUUAUUAGCUCAAGCUCAAAUCACUAAUACUGCCCGAAAUGCUUCGACACCCACACCUACGGGUACGACUCCGCCUUUCAGCUCGCAAGCUUCGAACAAUCGUAGGAAAUCAUCUUCUGGUUCAGUGAACUCUGAAGUUUGGAUAUUACGCCAACAGGAAGCUGCUGCGAAUGAUGCUGUGGUGUUGUACAUGAAAUCUCUGACAUUUAUCGUUCAAGCUAUGGAUAAGGUCAAGAGAUAUUGGAGGGAUAGGGAUGAGGGGGAAGCUAGUCCCGAAUUGAAUGAGAUGGGACAAUGGCUAAGAUCGAGAUUUAACGAGAUAUUCGAAAAGAUCGAAUGGGCUAAAUCGAGAUCAAAUGACAAUAUGUUAUUCCCCGAUUGGCUAGUGCAUGAUAAAGCUAGAGAUAUGUCCCGACAAGCUGCUGUAGCUGAACUUCAAGGUGAUCUGAUUACUGCUGAACAAGGAUAUGAAACUUCCCUUUGGCUCUUACAGGUCUUGUUGGAUGAAGGAGUGUAUGAAAAUGGAAGGAUUAGAGAGGAUGAUAAAGCUACCUAUGAGAAGCUGCUGGUACCUAUUCGAACGAGGCUUGAGGCCCUCAGGAAGAAAUUGGCGGACUCCGGGAAUACAAGCUUACGAUUGAGCUGA